AUGUCCACACCUGGAAAUACCACCCAGUCUAUCACAAAAAUCAAGCUCUCCCUCGUUGCGCCACCUCUCAUAGUGACUAUCCCCGUUAAUGGAGACAACGGCAAUGAUGACAAAUUUCGACACAGCGGUCGCCGCAUUCUAAGCAUCGAUCUCGCGGAAAAUAUAGGACCAAUUUAUAGUUCGAAUCAUCCAGAUCCCAUACUCCCUCCGAGGCAAAAGCCCAGUCCAGAGGACCAAUAUGCACAGCUCUACGAACUAGACUAUGACCCAACACCAUACGGAAAUCCAGAUAAGGGGACGGGGAUCUAUGCAACAAUGUUGCUGCCUCCCGAUCUUCCAGGGAAUAGGGAAGCAAAUAAGAAGGGGGACGAGCUGCGCAAUGAGAAGAUCGUGCGAGACAUUCGGAAAGUCGUUCAAGACGACAUGAAGUUACCACCUGGUGAACGCAUCGACACCGUUGUGCUCGACCCGGAGCCAUGGACUAUGCACCUUGCAGCUCUCGACGGUCUGUCCCCAAAGCACCUCCGAGUGAGGGCUGGCUUUGAGGAAAGUAUCGACCUCUACGCUCUCACCGUCCUUUUAAAUCCCUGGACUGAGCUCGAGAGCCUCCUUCUCGACAGUGAAUGCAUGGGGUGGGGAAUGCACACCUCAAGCAAUGGGCCAGACGCAGACAACGGCGGUUUCGAGGCCAACUACCCCAACAUCAUCAAGCAAAUCAAGACACUAACACUGUACUACUGUUGCGGCUUCAAUUUCCAGGCAGACAACCUGCCUGAAAAGCUGCUCCAUCUUAAGAUCGCAGAGAACGACGCUAUGCGGAUGUUCGUUUGCGCUUGCACCAACAUACCCAGCUUCAUGGAGAGGGUGGAGACGGUGUACAUUGGGAGUACGGUAGGCUGCGACACAUCCGAUCCCGGACUUUUCAAGCAACACCUGGUGAGGUGCACAAACGUACGCGACCUGACGCUCGUCAUGGGCGGUAGGCAAAACACUGACCUUGGUUUGGCGAAAUUCAUCCCGGCUUCGGUAGAGAGAUUCGCCUUCCAUUGCUCGACUUCGGACCGCAUGUUAGAGGACCUCGAUGAGUGGCUCGAAUGUGCAGCUGACCCUGCUUGGCUGCCGGCUUUGCAGAGUUUCAUCAUGAAAACGGAUGGUGAGGAGGUCACAUCCCUGUCGAAGGAUAAAAAGAAGGCAGCCUUAGAGCCAUCAAAGGCCAUCGCGUUUGGUCGGAAAAUCAAGGCAAUCACUAACGCGCUUAGGACAAGGGGUGUAACGAUCGAGGAUAUCAGGCAAGCAGUCGAUUGA